GCUGAAAACGUCAGAGAAGAGUUAAAGCUCUUCCACUGAAUUUAUCCCGAGCCAAGUAGUCCUCAGUCCUCGGCCAGUAUGAAGCUUCACUGGCUGCUCCUGGCCGUUUGUCUGGCCUGCUCGCUGCGGAUCAGCUGCGGCAGCGGCACCAGUACCACUUCCACUACCGGUGCAGCGACUGUGACCACCACCAGCGCCAGCGCCGCCGACGUCACCACCACCACCACCAGCGCCUCCACCCCGGAGGCCACCACUUCGGCCAGCAGCAGCAGCAGCGACGAUGCUACCACAGCCGCCAGCAGCAGCAGCAGCAGCAGCAGCAACAGUAGCAGCUCCUCCAGCAAGAAGAGUGCCGCUGCCAGGCGCAAGGCCCGGCUACGUCGUCGGAGGAAGGCUGCCAGAAGGCGGGCUGCCAGAAGGCGUGCUGCCAGAAGGAGGAACAGGGGCUAGACAGAACGGACAGGAACCGGAACCGAUACCGAUACCAAUAGCGAUGAGGAGGCUCCCCCGCACGCUGGAAGCUCCAAUUUGUUGUUGUACCCCUCUUUGUGUAUGUCAAUGUUCAGUAAUUAAAUAUGUAUCCUGGGCUAUGGUUUAGAAAUGCUUA